CUCAUCUUUAAUACUUACUGUUUACGUUUCAUUGCUAGAACUUUUUAUGUGCAAUACAAAAUGACAACAAAUAGUCACAAAUACAGCAUACUGCUACCCACCUACAACGAAAAGGAUAAUUUGCCUAUAAUAAUAUGGCUAAUAGUAAAAUACAUGAAGGCUAGUGGCUACGAUUACGAAGUGAUUAUAAUAGACGAUGGCAGUCCGGAUGGUACACUCGAUGUAGCUAAGGAUUUGCAGCAGAUCUAUGGCGAGGACAAAAUAUUAUUGCGUCCGCGUGCUGCCAAGCUCGGCCUGGGCACUGCUUAUAUGCAUGGCAUAAAGCAUGCAACCGGUGACUUUAUAUUACUCCUAGAUGCAGAUUUAAGUCAUCAUCCGAAGUUUAUACCAGAGUUUAUAAAGCUGCAGCAAUCGGGCGAUUAUGAUAUUAUAUCAGGUUCACGAUAUGUGGGUAACGGAGGCGUCUUUGGCUGGGACUUUAAGCGCAAGCUUAUCUCACGCGGUGCUAACUACCUAUCCCAAGUACUAUUGCGUCCCAAUGCUAGCGAUCUGACGGGCUCAUUCCGACUAUACAAGAAACCAGUUCUGGAGAAGUGCAUUGCCAGCUGCGUCUCCAAGGGCUAUGUCUUCCAAAUGGAAAUGUUAGUGCGUGCGCGUCAGCAUGGCUUUACUAUAGCUGAAGUGCCCAUUACAUUCGUGGAUCGCAUUUACGGUACUUCCAAGCUGGGAGGCACCGAGAUUGUGCAAUUUGCCAAAAACUUGCUCUAUUUGUUUGCCACCACCUAAAGACAACAAUAAACAACAACAAGCGCGUGAAUAAUGA